AAAGCUGCUUUCUUCUUCCCCUUCCUCUCCUUUCCUUUCCUCGAUCCAUGGCUAGGGAAGACUGAGAGAGAUCCAUCGAUCCGCCUCUCUCCCUCCCACCAUGCUCCGCCCAUGACCCGGGCGGCUUCCCCAUGCCGCCCCGCGCCCGCACCCUCCUUCUGCCGCUUGCGGCCGCCACGCUCCUCGUCGCCUCCACCAUCUUCCUCUUCGCCGCCACCGGCGCGCGCUGGCGCCCCGCCGACACCGGCCUCCCGGUCCCCGCCGCCGCCUUCUCCUCGGCCGUACUAGAGGCCGCGGAUUCCAAAACAGACAGCUCCGCCAAAGAACUCUCGUUCCUUGACGAGAAUGGCGGGCCCGACGACCCCAGCUCCAGCUCGGCUGCUGCCGCGAGAUGCAACCCGGGCCGCGCCGCCGUCAGGGUCUUCAUGUACGACCUUCCGCCGGAGUUCCACUUCGGCCUCCUCGGCUGGGCUGAUGGAGGCGCCGUGUGGCCGGAUGUGAGGAGCGGCGCCGCCCCGCGCUACCCCGGUGGGCUCAACCAGCAGCACAGCGUCGAGUACUGGCUCACGCUCGACCUCCUGUCCUCAUCGUCGCCGCCGUGCGGGGCCGCAGUCAGGGUCGCCGACUCCCGCGACGCCGACGUGGUCUUCGUGCCCUUCUUCGCCUCCCUCAGCUACAACCGCCACUCCAGGGCCGUGCCGCCGGAGAAGGUCAGCAGGGACAAGGCGCUGCAGGAGCAGCUGGUCAGGUACCUGAUGGCACAGCCGGAGUGGAAGAGGUCAGGUGGCGCCGACCAUGUCAUUGUCGCGCACCACCCGAACAGCCUUCUCCAUGCCCGGUCAGUGCUGUCCCCGGCGGUAUUCGUGCUGUCUGACUUCGGGAGGUACCACCCCAGGGUAGCCAGCUUGGAGAAGGAUGUCAUUGCUCCUUACAAGCAUAUGGCUAAGACGUUUGUGAAUGAUUCUGCUGGGUUCGAUGCCCGGGCGACGCUGUUAUACUUCCGGGGAGCAAUUUACAGGAAGGAGGGAGGGAAUAUCCGACAGGAGCUAUAUUAUAUGCUCAAAGAUGAAAAAGAUGUUUAUUUUGCCUUUGGAAGCGUUCAGGACCAUGGGGCCAGCAAAGCCAGUCAGGGAAUGCACUCAUCAAAGUUUUGCCUUAACAUUGCAGGGGACACCCCUUCCUCCAAUCGCCUGUUUGAUGCUAUAGUAAGUCAUUGUGUCCCUGUUAUCAUCAGUGAUGACAUUGAGCUUCCUUAUGAAGAUGCAUUGGACUACUCCAAAUUUUCCAUCUUUGUUCGCUCAUCUGAUGCUGUCAAAAAGGGUUACUUGAUGAGACUGAUUAGAGGAGUAAGCAACCAUCAAUGGACAAAAAUGUGGAAACAGCUGAAAGAAGUGGAUAAACAUUUUGAGUAUCAGUUCCCAUCUCAGAAGGAUGAUGCCGUCCAGAUGAUCUGGCAAGCAUUGGCCAGAAAGGUGCCUUCCAUCCGGCUGAAGGCACAUAGGUUUAGAAGAUUUUCGAGAUAUGAUAGAGGUCGAAAAUAAACAGGGAGAAGGUGCUUAAGUCUAGAAGAUUUUCUAGAUCGGAGGAGAAAAGGAAAAUGAACAAGAAGACAGUGUAUGCAUGUCAUCGAGGGCCUUGUUAUCUAACUAGAAUUUCCCUGACACAUCAAUUGCAUGUCUCAUGUGGUUUCAUGAACGAGAUAAUCGGACAGAUUGGCAAGGAUCAAUGAGAUGUAAAAAAUUUCAGGCUAAUUGUUGUUUGUUUCUUAGAAAGAAGAUUCGUAGCUUAGGAUUAGGCUGUCCAACUGAGGUGUAUACGGGCCGGCAAAAGAUUGUUGUUUUUGUAACAUAUACUCUUAGAAGUAAAUCAAAAGGUGGUAAAGUUCUUGAUCUGAAUAUGAUAUUGGGAACUGCAUCAGACUUGAUCAUAUGUACUGUGUAUUCAAUCAUUUUUGCAUUUUGCUGUUGCUAAAUGA